AUGGCUGAGAUUGCAGUCGAGUAUCUAGUUACGAAAUUGGAGGAUUGGAUUUUCAAGGAGACUAACAAGCAUAGAGCAGCUGAAGUAGGUAAGAUCAAAGCCGAAUUCGAGAGAAUAAGGCCAUUCCUCAAAUAUGCAGAUUGGAAAAGGCUGAUGAGGGAAGAUAGUGAAAUUGAAACAUGUGUUUCGAAUAUCAUUGAUUUGGCGUGUGAAGUUGAAACCAUGAUCGACGAUGAUUGGUACAAUAGAAUGGGGACAAGAGGUCUUUCUCUAUCGUCUCUUUUUGAACUAGUAGGUGAAUCUUUUAAUUACUUCACUGAUGGAAAGACUAAGAAUAGUAGUUCCCAUGUCAGCAUUGCAUUGUUACGGAAACGGGUCUCGGUCAAACUCAAGGAAAUGAAUGUUAAGAAACAUGUAUCCUUGUUGAACUCUACUGUGGAAGCUAGAGAUGAUAAUCCAAUAUGGCGUUCGAAGACCUUUGCUUGUAAGCUGCCGAGGACUUACUUGGUGGGGAGGGAUAGAGAGGUUAAAAUGCUUGAAGAAUGGUUGCUUCGGGAUGGUGUGAAUACUCCAUAUCUUGUUGCAGUAACCGGGGAUAGUGGGAUUGGCAAAACUGCUGUGACAAAAACAGUUUAUGAGGUUGUGAAGAGGUACUUUGAUUGUUCUGCUUGGGUGUUUGUUUCUGGUUGUCCCAGUAAAGAUAUUUUCAGAGGCAUGUUGAUGGGUUUAUCCCAAAGCCCUUUCGAGAUGACAGAGAAACAAUGUUUUGAUCAAUUGGAUGAGAAAGAAUUGAGAAGGAGGAUCCGUGAUCAUUUGUUUGGCAAAAACUUUUUGCUGGUUCUAGAUGACUUGGAUACAUUAGAUACCUGGAAAGACGUGGAGAAUGAAUUGACCACAAAAUGCAAAGGGAAGGUACUCAUCACAACAAGAAAUUCGGCAUUUCCUGCUGUUCUAAGCACACAUAUUCUCCAUCUUGAGCCAUUGAUUCAUGAAGAUGCCCUGGAGUUGCUGCGCAGAAGAGCUUGCUGGCAAAGUCCUGACCUUGGCAAUGCCUCUUGGCCUUCUUCGCUGGAACCGGUGGUGGAGAAGAUUUUGCAGAUUUGUGAAGGAAAUCCCCUUCUUGUUACAAUUUUUGGAGGCAUGAUCUCAACGGCUAACCUUGAGGAAUCUGGGGAGUGGGAUAAGGUUUUCCGUAUGCUGAAGGAGGCAGAUGAAUUUUGGCCUCGUGCCAGCUUGAUCCAACGGGUUUUCGUAGUAAUCUACUUUAUCCUGCCAUCUGUGCUAAAAUGCUGCUUCCUAUACAGUGGGCUGUUUCCCUAUCAUUAUGAAAUUUCAUUUAGGAGGUUGAUCCGUAUGUGGGUUGCAGAGGGCUUUAUAGCAAGACAGCUGCUUGGAAUGACAGAAGAGGAAAUUGCCAAGAAUCUGUUGGAUGAGCUCAUCCAAAGGAACUUGCUUGAAAUAGCAACGGUGGCUACAAGUGGGGAGGUGAUAUCAUGUAGGUCCCUACCUUUUGUGCAAGAUUUUAUCCUUCAAAUGUUGAACAAUGAUAAUUUUUGCAUAGUGUCCAACAGCAGUCAGCCCAGUUGGCCAUCAGAUGUAACUCGUAUCCUUGCAGUACAUGGUGAGAUAAAAAAUGUCAUACCUAGCUUGAACACCAGAUCAAUCCAUUCUCUACUUCUAUUCAUUGGAAAUGAGCACUGGACUCCUUCCAUUUUAUUGAGCUCACUACCAAAUAUUAAAUUUCUGCGUGUGCUGGACUUACAACAGAGUCCAAUUGAUUCCUUGCCUGAUGCAAUUGGAAAUCUUGUUCUAUUACGCUAUAUGAGCUUGAGGGGUACAAGGAUCUAUAAUCUGCCCUCAUCCCUCGUAAAUUUGCAUGAACUUCAGACGCUUGAUAUCAGGAACACAUAUGUGAGGGCUUUACCUGGUGGAUUUGAUGGCCUCAAGAUGUUAAGACAUCUUCUUCUAGCAGAUUCAUUCAGCAACAGAGUAGUUAAAUUUGAUGGUGAUAUCAUGUUUUUUAAAGAUCUCCAAACACUUGCAGGAAUGAAACUAUCUCAACAAACAGCAUUUGGGCUAAAAUACCUUCCUCAACUCCUGAAGUUAUCAGUUGGAGAGGUUGAAGGGAGAGAAACCUCUUUCCAGCUAUCUAAAUCCAUUGAUCAGUUGAAAAACCUAAACUCCUUGACCAUAAAAUGUGCUUGGAGAAAGGAAAUUCAGUUACAAACAUCCAAUCCUCUUGAAAAUUUGGAGAAGUUAAGAGUUGGGGGUUGGGUUAGAAAUCUGAUUGGUUGGGUCUGUGCCCUGAAGUCCCUCUUGUAUUUGGACCUGUGGGACUGUAUGUUACAAAUUGACCCAAUUUCCAGCCUCCAACAUCUUCCCAGCCUUGCUUCCCUCUUGUAUUUGGACCUGUGGGACUGUAUGUUACAAAAUGACCCAAUUUCCAGCCUCCAACAUCUUCCCAGCCUUGCUGUCCUUUCAUUGCGGAAUGCAUACAAAGGAAAGCUCAUUUGUUGUGAUGCCGCAGGAGGCUUUCCUAAUCUCAAGAAGCUGUCACUUCUGCAUCUGGAAGAGCUUGAGGAAUGGACAAAGAUAGAGGAUGGUGCCAUGGGAAGCCUUGAGAUACUGCUAAUCGCUAAAUGUCCAAAACUAAAGCUACCACCCAAAGGCUUUCAAAAUCUUCCUAAACUCCAAAUGUUGCAGAUUAAGAACAUGCCAACAGAAUUCGUCAAAGAGGCAAGAGAGAUCCCUCUCCGUGCAGGCUUAUGUCUUUCAGUUGUUAACUGAUCCGUAGGUAAUUUAGUUCAAGUAACAAAGCAUAGAGAUCGUGAUUACCAAUUUACACGAAAAUUUUAUUCCGAAAAUACUCUUACUUUGUCUCUUUAAAUAGUACUGUGAUUAUGUCAGUGUGUGAGAUAUCUUGCUGAUUUCUUGUUACUUUUAGUCAUUGGGCUAUAUCUGAGGUAUAAUAUCACUCACUAAUUUGUUGAUAUAUGAUUCAGGUGAUGUUGGUGGAGUCAACAUAAAGUACAAUUUUG